AUGUCUGCUCAACAAUCCGUUGCGACCUUCAAGCUGGUCCUUGUCGGUGAUGGUGGUACUGGAAAGACCACCUUCGUCAAGCGCCACUUGACUGGUGAAUUCGAGAAGAAGUACAUGGCCACUCUCGGUGUCGAGGUCCACCCUCUUGGUUUCUCUACCAACGUCGGCCAAAUCACCUUCGAUGUCUGGGAUACUGCCGGUCAGGAGAAGUUCGGUGGUCUCCGUGACGGUUACUACAUCAACGGCCAGUGCGGUAUCAUCAUGUUCGAUGUUACUUCCCGUAUCACCUACAAGAACGUCCCCAACUGGCACCGUGACCUCGUCCGUGUCUGCGAGAACAUCCCCAUCGUCCUUUGCGGUAACAAGGUUGACGUGAAGGAGCGCAAGGUCAAGGCCAAGACCAUCACUUUCCACCGCAAGAAGAACCUUCAGUACUACGAUAUCUCGGCAAAGUCCAACUACAACUUCGAGAAGCCUUUCCUCUGGCUUGCCCGCAAGUUGGCUGGUAACCCUCAGCUGGAGUUCGUUGCUGCUCCCGCCCUGGCUCCCCCCACCGCCCAGGUCGACCAGGAGCUGCUCAAGCAGUACGAGAACGAGAUGAUUGCUGCCUCUGCCAUGCCCCUGCCUGGUGAGGAGGAGGACGAUGACUUGUAA